AUGGAGAAUGAUGCACAUAAUGAAGGCUCUCGACGACGGGAUCGUAUAAUGGGGAAGCUGUUCGGCAGUAGCAGUACGGGUAGGGAUAAAAAAUUGUCCAACGAAGAGAGUGCAAACGAAAUAUCCGACUUUCUUGGUCACUCAGACCGAUUGACCGUUUCUCACCCCGUUCCUCAGCCGCCUUCAACUGUUCCCAGGGGCCCACCAUCUCUGGCUCUUGAUACGUCCAAAGUUAGCCGCUUCCCACAAACUCUAGGGGUUGAGAAUGAGUCUCAACAGCGGGCACGAUCACGCAGCCCUUCCCGACCAAAGAAAAAUAAAGGACUUGUUGUCCGGUUCGCCGAUAAUUACCCCGAGAUCAUUGGCGAAGGAGGUGACGAGUGCGAGACUGCCGUUGCCGAGAUCGGUAGGAGGAAGAGGUCCAAAUCUACACCACUCUCGGCACCGAUACCGCCUACGAAAGAAGGUCAUGAAUAUGCUAGGCAAGUUGGGGCAUUUCAAGAAGUACAGAAGAAGGAAGAUGAAUUUAUACCUGGUCCCAUACGUCGGACUCAGACGGGCUUUUCUACAAUCUCAGAUUUCCGGUUGGAGGAGCCGGGGCCUGCCCCUAUUUCUAGUCCGCCGCCUCCUAAGCCUCGUACCGUCCCGGCGGGCGAAGCCCAGUCCCGCUUCUUAGGCACUAGUAGUCAGAAGGAUGAAAACCGCCGCUCGUUUAUCGAGAUCCAUCAGCAGGAGCAACGGCAGGCUGAAGGAAUGGCGUUUGCAGAAGCAAUGCGAUCUGCUAGCGCCAACUCUCAUCACCAAUGGGACGAUCAGACCUCUUCCCCCGAGCCGGUCCGGGAUACACCGCCGCGCCUCAAGCAAAUUCAGGUACCGACCAUGCAGGAGCCAACGCCACCUCCGGAAAGAUCCAUGUCUCACCGGGACCAGUCUUCAGUGUCGCCUUCGCUACAGGAUUCUAUCUCUUCGGUGUUAAGAACUCAAUCUACGAGAUCUCCCUUACGGCCUUCACCCAUACCGCAAGCAGCAUCGAAAAGUCCUUCCACCGGAUCACCAGCGUCCCCUUACCACGAUCUACCUCUACCACAGAUCCCAUCUUCCUCUAAUAGAUCAGCUUUACCUCCUUUGCCUACUCAUGAUGCACUGCCGGACUUCGACAUGGUACCCACUCUGUCACAACGACCAGUGUCACCCGACGAAGUACGCGUCAAAACAACCCACACCGCAGACAGUCCUACGUCCCUGUAUUCAAACUCUGUACAUUCAACUCCCGAUGUUUCUCACAAAGCAACACCGGUUACGCGGAAUCCUUCACGUGGAUUCCCACCUUCUCCGGAAAAAACUACUCGCAGGCUUCAAGAGGCGGUAGUUGUGCCUGACGUCGAUGCGCUAGAACUAUUUAUUGUUCGUACGAAGCACUUGUACGAGUUGUUCCGUUUGCACGCGGAGCAAUAUAGGCCCUUAGGUACCUCCCGACCUGAUGAUAUGUGUCGAGCAGCUCUGUGGUGGUUCCUGAAGGGAAGAACAGCUCUGGAGACGAUUAUUAGAAGUCGUCCAGCAGACCCCGACGAGCCUCGUCUUCUCAUGGCCAGGUACCAAGCCUAUACGGACUUGGCAAAGGGGUACUGGCUAUUAGAGCAUGCCCUUCCCGAGAUUGCGGAAGGCAAGUAUAGCCCUGUAGAUGGCGAAUUGGGCGAAGUUAGGCAAGUUUUAAUAUCUAACUUGAGGAAACUAUCUGGGUCUAUGAAGCGAAAUGGUUUCCUACCGCCCGAGGAGCCUUUCCUCCCGCAAACGAUGGACAAAUCUAUCUGGGUAGAGUACCCGGCUGUGAGCCAAGAUAUAGUUGCCCUUCUCAAUGGAAUCUGGGGCUCGGCUGUUGCCGCCGUAAAUCAACCAACUCGUUCUAUGGAGGCGCUGGAAGCACUCCCGAUUGGCGAUACUACUAAAAAUUUUAAUUUUGGCCGUGUGAUGACCAACGUAUACUUCAUGGAACAGGGUAUGGACUCGAGGCAGGCUUGUUUCCCCUGCAUGUUGUCUGUUGUUCGAUCGCAGAAUGAUCCAAACCUCAACUUCGUUAUUGCUAGUCAAAACGGUUCCGUUUCAUUGCGCAUACAGACAGACAAGAAGGCAGGUCUAACAUGGCAAGAUGUAAAAUGGAGACCAGACUCUCACCAGUUAGACAUCAAGUUGCCCCGAGGCUUCAUGCUUGCUAUCGAAUGCUCGCAGCAAGACUAUCGGAUGCUAUGGAGCAUGUACGACUUCAGUUCCAAAGUCCAAUCUUACUUAUACCAGCGGAAGGAUGAAGUCAUGAAGCAUACUACUGUCCUUCGCGGCUUUCACUAUUUUGAUGCUAACCCUCAAGGGAGGACAUUCCCUAAGGAGCCUAUAGGACAAUGCUCUAUAGGGUUGUUCGAGAAACUCCUCAAGGAGAAUAGUCCAACCGGACCCAGGACCUUCCACCGGGGUUUCCGACUCGCCGUAGUCACCGGGCCGAGGAUAAGGACGCUGAGCGGAGUAACUCAUUUGUUCUCGCCGCAACUUCCUGUCAAAUUCGCCCUGUUACGGGGUGAGCAGCGCGCGCCAGUCCUCCAACUGGAUUUUAACGACGGGAAGGACAAAGGGCGGAUGGUUUUGACGUUCGACGAUGAUAGAGAGCGCGAGAUGGUAUUGAAAAUGAUUACAGGGACGUAUAUCAACCAAGAUGAGGACGUUAUUACGGAAGUUCCGUUGGAGGGUAUGAACAUAUCAGACGGUGUCGGUGAUACGAAAGGAGGCCUUCCAGCUAUCCAACGCUUACCUUGGCAACGUGCUCGUAUUAUCAACGAUAAAUAUUCAGAAGUGCCGCCAACGGUAUUAGCGGAGAAGCUCAGAGUUGAAAUCGAAUCGUUAGAUAAAGGCGGAGUUGGUGUGGUUAGCACCAUUACGGACAGAGUCAAUGUUGCGCCUGGCGAGUUGAAGCUCAGGCUCGGUACCAAAGAUAUUCUGACGCUGCAAGUUCUACGGCACGCACAGGUCGAUCUAACGGUUUCCAUACUAGAGAGCCUUGUACCUCGAGAAUCGCAUCGCGAAUUUCAGGGUUUGCAGAACACGAUCCAGCGUGGGCCAACAGUGCGUACCUACAGGUUUCCGAGCUUCCGGGACUUGCAUGCGUUCCAAGCGGGGCUCACGGGAUACUCGGUACUCUUCGACGGUAUCGCUGCAAGCCUGAACAUCUCGCGGCGAAGGAUGGUAGUACCGAUUCACAAGAAAUGGGAGGCUGGUACUACGCGAGUUCAGGUAGUGCAGCAAGAAAAGACGGUUCAACUACUAGCAUUUUUUGAAGAUUGGCACCACGGGCAAUGCAUGGGGUUCAUACUCAAGGGAACCGAUGUGUUUGAGUCGUUCAACCGAAACGGGAAAGCGGGCUUGAAAUUAGCUGACGCCAAGUUCCCGCUGCCGAAGACUCCGCAUGAAGGCGGUGACAAGACGGAUGAGAUGGCAUUCCUAUGUCUGGACAUGCCCGAUUUUGCUGGCGAACAUGAUGACAUAACGAUAUUAUUCGAGGAUAGUUUUGGUAGUAGGUCAUCUGGGGAUGGCGUCGAUGACGAUGAUACCUCCAUUAUAGAGCCCGAGCAGGGCAACGUCUUAACACAUAUUAUCUCGCAACUACGGCCUGGCGCUGAUCUAAGCCGAGUUGUUCUGCCUACGUUUAUUCUCGAGCCUCGAAGUAUGUUAGAACGAAUCACCAACUUCAUGUGCCACCCAGAAAUGCUUCUCCCUAUCCCUCAUAUCGAAGAUCCUGUCGAACGUUUUGUCUCUGUCGUCAAAUUUUACCUUAGCGGAUGGCAUAUUCGACCACCGGGAGUCAAAAAGCCUCUCAACCCCAUCCUCGGCGAAGUUUUCUCGUGUUAUUGGGACCUGCCUGACAAUACCCGCGCCUAUUAUAUUUCUGAGCAGACAUCGCAUCACCCCCCUAAGUCGAGCUAUUUUUACAUGGCCCCCGAGCACCAUAUUCGUAUCGACGGCACUCUAAAGCCUAGGAGCAAGUUCCUAGGCAAUUCGGCUGCAAGUCUUAUGGAAGGAAUCGCCGUGCUUACCCUAAUGAAUAGGGGUAAAAAUCCUAAGCAAGGGGAAAGAUAUUGGUUAACACAGCCUAAUAUGUACGCGCGAGGAAUCCUGUUUGGCAACAUGAAAUAUGAAUUAGGCGACCACAGUGUAGUGAGGUGUCCCGAGUUAGGCCUCACAGCCGACGUCGACUUUAAAACGAAGGGAUGGGUCAGCGGUACGUACAAUGCGAUUGGCGGCACGAUAAAAGACGAGAAGACGGGACAGGUGCUCUUCGAAUUGUCGGGUUUAUGGAGUGAAGAGAUGUUUGUCAAAGAUCUUAGGAAUGGGCAUAAGGAUAUGUUCUUCGACGCCCGAAAAGUAAAAUCUUCGAAACCGCGCGUUCGACCACUUGAGGAACAGGACGAACGAGAGUCGCAAAAAUUAUGGUACAAAACAGCGCAGGCAGUAAAGGAAAGGAAUCACGAGUUGGCGACGGACGAAAAGACUAAAGUCGAGGACCAGCAGAGAGAGGAAGCAGCGAAGAGAGCCGCCGCAGGUGUAGAAUGGCAUCCGCGGCUGUUCCGAAGAGUAGACAAAGACUACGGCGGCACGGGCGAGGAUAUGGAUCACUUAGAAUGGAUUAUCAACGCUCAUAUCGAUGCCACAACACCUGAUAAACAAGCCGAGCAGAUCAUGUCGAUAUACCCGGUCAUACCAGGACAAAGGUCCAGUGAUUGGAAUAUAAUCCCGCCGGGCGGACAUCCACACCCGCAUCCUCAAGCGGCUGAGAAACAAGCACAAGCACAAGCUUCGGCUCCCCAAGGCGAGACGCAGGAUCUAAUCGACUUCGGCCAGAACGAUACUAAUACGCAAGCCCAGACAACGCAUAAUGCUCCCGCGUCACCGCCGCUCACCAAUUCGGCUAGUAAAGAAAUCGCCACGAUGCUGCAGUCGACGGGUCAAAAAGCGGAGAACGGCCCGCUACUCGAUUUUACGAGCGAUUUGAAGAACGACUUACCGCCGGCCAAGGGUAACUUGAGAAAGGAAGAUUCGACAGACAGUAAUAAUACGUUCUUUGAUGCCGAGGGGUGA